CAUCGUGCGAUCACGAUGGGAAAGACGAAAGCGUUCCCCGCCGAGGUCCUCUCGCUCAUCUUCCUUCACUGCACUCCCCCCGAGUCGCACGCGGUCCACCCGUCCACCGCGCCGCUCGUGCUCACCAAGGUCGCCCGCCGCUGGCGCCACGUUGCACGCUCGACUCCAUGCCUCUGGUCUGCGCUCACACUCCCGGACGCCCCGCGCGACCCUGCCGCGCUCGAGGCCUUCUUCGACGCGCUCGCGUCGUGGCUCGCGCUCUCGCGCUCUACGCUGCUCUCCAUCGUCCUCGCGACAUCCGACACCCGCGCGGACGUCCUCUUGCGGUACCUCGGCAUUUUGUUCCCGCACUCGCAGCGCUUCCGUGCGCUGCGCAUCGAGGUCGCACACGAUCUCGACGUCUUGCCGUCCGUGCCGCAUGACGCGCUUCCCGUUGUGCAAGACCUCGACGUCUCCUCUCUCGUCGUGCUCCUCGACUCUCUCAUCCUGCCGCGUCUUCGCAGCCUGCGCCUAUCCUCCUUCUUGAUGCCAGGAGACAUCCACCUUCAUCUCGCCCUCCGCCGCCUCUCCACGCACUGUUUCGCCUCCCUGCACACGCUCACGCUCUGCGAGGUCCCGAUCGAAGAUGGCAGGCUCAGCGAGGGCCUCGAGGGCCUCGCCGCACUCGUCUCGCUCGCGCUGGAUCAGAUGUACAUCGGCACGCGCUUCUGCGCCGCGCUCUCCUACGUGUUCGCGCCCGACGGCACGCUCGUCGCCGGGCAAAACACGCGCCUCGCGCACAUGUACCUCAACUGCGGCGCCGCGACGGACCUCGCCGCGUACCACACCGCGCUCGCGGACAUGGUCGUGUCGCGCUGCUGCGUGCCGCCCGGCGCGCGCGCCGCGCGUCUCGAGGCGUUCUGUCUCCCGGGCGGGUAUGCGCCCCGCCUGCGCGUGUCAGGGACGAAGCGGAAGCAGGGCGCGCCGAAACAGGAAGCGCGCAUUCACCGGUGCUGCAAGGACAGCGGGCUCGUCUACCGCACCAAGUGCCUGACGUCGUGCGAGUGUGAGUCACGUGCUUUGAUCCCUCUCGUACGUGACGUCGACGGGUCGCUGACGCUGGCUUCUAGGGUGCAAUCCUCCCGAGGGCAUCGAGACUUGAAUUCAGGUCCGAUUGUGCCCCUCCCAGUAAAAUCCCGCGAUGUGGAUAUUUUGACAUACGUUAAUCGUUUCUCUUAUUAUUCGCACAAGUGUCUCUCAUGCAUCUCCCCACACACAUACAAUAUCGCUUCGAUCGGCAUAAUUGUCUCCCUUGCCGUAUCUAUUCUUAUUCGGACAUGCUCUACAAACUCUCUAAUAUGACACAUGGAUGCUUAUCUUCUGGUCCCGGUAGAGUAAGAAGUAUGAACGUUGGUCUGGUGCCU